AAUUGAAUAUAAUUUCUGUUAAAAUUAAAACCCUUUUUUCUUUGUCUGGAAAUUAUAUUUAGUACGGCACCGUUUUGAACAGGCUACGUUUGAUCGAUGGACUUAAUAGUGUGAGUAUCAUAUAUACAAAUGUAUAUAUAUUGGUUUAACAAAAACCCAGUUUAAUACUGUCGUGUUGGUAAUAUUUUAGAAAGCAUACUGGAUUGGAGUAUUUGGAAAAGGAAGUUUUAAUAUAUUUUUGGUAGCCACUAAAAGGGGAUUUGUAUAAAAUUGAGAGAGGUUCAAACAUUGAUGCUACAGACCAAGUUUAGUAAAGAUCCAUCCACUGGUUUGGAAGGGGAUGCUCAGCCAUCAAAGAAGGCCUUAAAGAAACAACAGAAAGAAGCAGAGAAGGCUGCAAAGAAGGCCCAGUACAAGAAGCAAGAUAACAAAGAAAAUGUUACAGAAUCGGAAGGGAAAGAUGUAUCACAGGGUUGCUAUGGUAACCUGCCACUUAUUCAGUCUCAGGAGAGGAUUGAUAGAAAAAUACUUGCAUUGAAAGAGUUAACUGCAGAUCUGGCCGACAAGAAGGUGUGGGUUCGAGCGCGGCUACAGACCUCCAGAAGUAAAGGAAAGCAAUGCUUUGUUGUGUUGCGUCAACAGAAAUGGACAGUACAAGGCUUGAUCUGUGUUGGUGAAAAAGUCAGUAAACAAAUGGUGAAGUUUGCAGCAGGUAUUAACAAAGAAUCUAUUAUAGAUGUAGAGGGAUAUGUACGAACUGUAUCACAAAAAAUUGAAGCAUGUACACAACAAGAUGUAGAACUACACGCAGAACAGAUUUGGGUUGUAAGUGGAUCAGAGCCAAGGUUACCUCUCCUUGUAGAAGAUGCUUCUAGACCUGACUCCGAGGACGGUUUAGCUAUUGUACAUCAAGACACACGGCUAGAUAAUCGUAUCAUAGACCUGAGAACUACAACAAGCCAGGCUAUAUUUAGACUGGAAGGUGGAGUGUGUAAAGUAUUCAGGGAAGUGCUUGAUAGUAAAGGAUUUGUAGAAAUACAUACUCCAAAAAUUAUACCAGCUGCAUCAGAAGGGGGUGCAAAUGUGUUCAGAGUGUCAUAUUUUAAAGGCAGUGCUUAUCUUGCACAAUCUCCACAGUUAUAUAAACAGAUGGCAAUGGCAGCUGAUUUUGAAAAGGUUUAUACAAUAGGAGCCGUAUUCCGAGCGGAGGAUUCCAAUACUCACAGACAUCUGACAGAGUUUGUUGGUGUAGAUCUGGAAAUGUGUUUUAACUAUCACUACCACGAGGUUCUAGAUGUACUGGAUGAACUCUUUGUCUCCAUAUUCAAAGGUCUCAGGGACAGGUAUGCUGAAGAGAUAGCUACAGUCAAUAGACAGUUUCCUGCUGAACCAUUCAAGUUUUUGGAACCAAGUUUGAGGUUAGAAUACAAAGAAGGCGUUGCUAUGUUACGUGAAGCAGGUGUUGAGAUGGAAGAUGAUGAGGACUUGAGUACUCCAAAUGAAAAACUGCUUGGCAGACUAGUCAAAGCAAAGUAUGAUACAGAUUUCUAUAUCUUAGACAAGUUUCCCCUCGCUGUGAGACCCUUCUAUACCAUGCCAGAUCCAAACAGUUCUAAAUGGUCAAACUCAUAUGAUUUCUUCAUGCGGGGUGAGGAGAUAAUGUCUGGUGCACAGAGAGUUCACGAUCCCAAUUAUCUGUCAGAACGUGCCAAACUACAUGGAAUAGAUCUAGAGACUAUCAAAGGUUACAUUGAUUCAUUCAGAUACGGAGCUCCUCCUCAUGCCGGUGGUGGUAUAGGUCUGGAGAGAGUAACAAUGUUGUAUCUAGGACUUGACAACAUUAGAAAGGCAUCUCUGUUCCCACGUGAUCCAAAACGUAUUACCCCAUAGACAUAAUACAAAGACAUUAUAUAUGAUUUGAGUGCUAAACAACUUCUGACAAUAUGAAAUAAACCAAGGUUGAAGAUUAUAAAUUUUGCUUCUUUAUUAUUUAAAAUGUUAAAAGGUGACAUAAGAUUAUUUCUGUGUUUAUGCUCCUGGUAUGAAACAAAAAUCUUGAUGUGCUAUUUUACUUGGUUAGAAAUGCGAGAUGUACCUAUGAGGACAUGAUGAAAUAUAUAAAUUUGAAUUAAUCUUAUAUGACCUUAAAGGCUUUUAUUUUGUUGAUGUUUCUCCUCAGUAUUUUCUGUCAACAGAAAUCUUUGUUGAAAAUGCCAAGAUGUUAUCAGUUUAACAAUGUUUUUAAAGAACAUUUUUGAUGGAACUUGUCUUAAAGACAUGAAAGUAUUGCUAAUACAAUAAUGUAUAUUUUUAGUACGCAAUAACACUGUAAUAUAUAAAAAAAUGUUGUGAUAUAUAAGUUAUAUUAAUUUUGCACCCUAUAUAAUCCUGGAAUAGAUUCUAUUGGCUACUGUAAAAUCAUUUGUGUUGCAUAUAUUUGUCAGGGUGCUUUCCUGUUACUGUAUUUAUCAGUUUUAUACUUUCCAUUAGCAUACAUUUACUGCUCCCAAACAGCUGUAUUACAUAUCAAAAUUUCAUGUUGCAUCUGUUAACAGAUUACUUUAUUAGAAAUAGUUUACUGGUCAAAAUUUGGUAAGCCUUAAUGUUGGUGUUCUCCAUUGCUAAGGAACCUGCCCACUUGGCUCAGUAGGGAGAAUGAGUUCAAUUUUGAGUUUGAUCUCUGGGUUAGGCGUAUGUUCUUCAAUGACAUUGUGUCUAAAAUCAUUUGUCUUUCACUGCUGAUGCAUGUGGAAAAGUUGAGUUACUUGUAGAAAACAGAUUAGUACUAAUGGAGUCAAGGAACACCGGUUUUGCCUUACUGUCUGCUGUUAUAUAUCUGAAAUUCUGUGAAAAUACAGCAUUAAACCCAAAACAAAAUGGUUGCUUAGGAUUUAAAUUGAUUUUAAUUCAGCAUACUUCUUGAAUUUCUAAAGUAUAUGGUCUAACAAGCUAUAAUAACUAACUAGUCUUAUUUUAGAAUUUUGGUUUUUUUACAGUUUAUCAGAAGCAGGGUUACAUUGUUUACCAGUACUUCCAUUUUGUAUCAUGUGUCACUGAAUAAGUCAUUCUGUCUUUUGCAGAAAUAAAUAUUUAUAUUUUGA